UCUCAACCUUCACUAAGAGAAACAAACCAAGAUGUCGGUGAACUACGCKGCCGGUUUAUCUGACUACCCCAACAAAGGAAAAUGCGGCUUGCCAGAGUAUUUUGAUGCAGAUGAAGAAUUGAUGUCGAAAGUCGACCAACUAGUGAAGUUGAUACGAGAAGCAUCACACGUUGUUGUCCACACUGGAGCAGGUAUAAGCACAUCGRCAGGGAUUCCYGACUUUCGUGGACCUAAAGGAGUGUGGACUUUGGAAGAAAAAGGUUUAAGCCCUAAAUUUGACGUUUCCUUUGAUACCGCAAAGCCUUCUUUGACUCAUAUGGCACUGAAGAAGAUGGAGCAAGAAGGUUUAAUUCAUUAUGUCAUAAGCCAAAAUGUCGAUGGAUUGCAUUUAAAAUCGGGAUUUCCRAGGUCUAAGCUGUCUGAACUCCAUGGUAACAUGUUUGUUGAUAAAUGUGAUAAGUGUGGUAAAGAAUACAUCAGGAAAGUUGCUACRAAAAGUGUUGGUCUUAAAAAAACUGGACGAACUUGUGAACAGAAAAGAAGAAGAGGACAUUGCAGGGGCAAACUAAGAGAUACCAUACUGGACUGGGAGGACAACCUACCAUAUGAAGAUCUCUUGUCUGCAGAACAGCAAUCAAGGCAGGCAGAUUUGUCCAUUUGUCUCGGUACAUCAUUACAAAUUCUACCAAGUGGAAAUCUACCUGUGAUGACCAAGAAGAAUGGAGGGAAGAUAGUGAUUGUUAACUUACAAAGGACAAAACAUGACAAAAAAGCAGAUGUAAAGAUAAACUAUUAUGUGGACGAAGUCAUGAAGAAAGURAUGGAGUCAUUCAACCUAACGAUACCUGAAUACCAUGGCUUUCAUCCAGAAAAUGACCCUGAAYUGUGCUCCAGUGUCUUGAAAGAUGAACCCAACACAGAACAGUCUGAAAGUGAAGAUGAAGAGGGUACCUCURUCAUUAUUAAAACUGAAUUAGAUCAGAAUUUGAUCCAAAAUGGUGACCACAUUCAAGAUAAAACUCACUGUGUUGAUGCAGCAAGCACGAAYAUGAUUAAAUCAGAAAGAAAGAGAAAGGAAAGUGAAGAAUACAAGACAGAAAACCACUGUUUAAAACGAUUAUAUAAUGAUGAAGAAAACUGUGACAGUGGCAGAUCAACAAGUCCAAAGAGAGCUAAAGAUGAUUGAUUUGUCUUACAGCUGUCAAACUAAUAGUUGUCGUAUAAUUCAAGGGAAUGUGUACCCAAAAGAGCAAAAAUAUUUUGUUUCAUUACCAAGAUAAAGCUGCUUUGACUGCACAUGUAACGGGCUGAUAUGCACUUUAUAUUUCAUGUCUACUGAGUAUAUGAUAUAAUAUUUAUUUGUAUAUAUUAUGUAAUAUAUGACAAGAUGUUGAUUAUAAAAGAAAUGUACAGUUGAUAUGAGAGUUAGUACAGUUUUAUAUGUAGAAAAUAGCAAAAAGCGUUGUUGUUGUUCAUAUAUGAAUCUAAAUUUCAAUGGAAAAUUGAAAGAAAUUUUCAUAGGGUUUUAUCAUGAUUAAUGAGRUUUGGAGGAUCUGUUUAUUUAUUGCUAUAAAAG